CAGAAGCAGCAGCAGCUGCUGCUGCUGCGGGCUCGCUCAUCAACGCCAACAGGCAGCAGCAGCAGCAGCCGGGAACAGCGGCCCCGGUGCUCGUCGGGAGGCUGCAGCAGCAGCAGCAGGCAGCAGCAGCAGCGGCCCCCGGCAGCAGCGACGCCAAGGAGCUGCCGCAGGGAAGAGACAGAGACGCGCAGCAGCAGCAGCAGCAGCAGCAGAAGCUGCAAGGAGCUGUCGAGACACAGCAGGGCUUCCCAGUGGAGGGUCUGGGCACAGAAAGCAACGAGGCAAUGGCUGGUGCUGCUCUUUUUCCAGGAGCUUCUCCUUUUGCUUCUCUUCUUGAGCUGGCGUCUGUGGGCAAGUUCGGCGUUGGAGUCGACGGCUUCGCAGGGGUGGGGCCCUUUGGGGGGCCCCCCGGGUUCUUGGGGGCCCCCUCGGACAGCAGCGGGGUUCUGUCGCAGCUAAUGGGGGCCCCCCAGCUUGCUGCUGCUUCUGGGGGCACUGCAGCAGCAGCAGCAAACAACGCUGCUGCGGUGGCUGCUGCAGCAGGCCUGGGGGGCGCUUUCCCGGGCGCGGGGGCCCCCGCGGGCACCCUGGGGCUGCUGCAGCUGCAGCAGCAGCCUGGCGCUGCGCAUGCAUGCAUGCAUGCAUGCAGUCUAGAGGCGCCUCAAGCCCCGCUCCAUGCACAG